AUAAAAAGAUACUCCCUCCGUCCACUAAUUCAAGGCCUUCUUUCCUUUUUGGGACGUCCACCAACUCAAGACCUAUCCAUUUUUAGUAAGUUUUUAUUUAUAUUUAAUUGGUGGGUCCCAAAACAAUACACUUUUUCUCCACUCAACUAAUAAACAAUAUAUUAAUUGUGGGUCCCUUUCUCCACUCAACUAAUAAAAAUACACUUUUUCUUAAAACUCGUGUUUUGCUACUAAGGUCAUGAAUUAGUGGACGGAGGGAGUACAUACUAUAAUUAGUGGAGUACUAUUUGAGUGAUCUUGCCUUAAACCAUGGCGAAAUCUAAAGUUGCGGUUGUGAUUGUGCCACUUCCCACCCAAAGCCACCUGAACCAGCUCCUCCACCUCGCCGCUGUGCUAUCCUCCCGCGGCCUCCCCGUCCACUUCGUCGGCUCCGCCACCCACAACCGCCAGGUCAGACUCCGAGCCUCUGGCCUAAAACCCAGCGCCGCCGCCAAAAUCAAAUUCCACGAUCUUCACUCUUCGCCAAUCGCGGCGCCGGAACCAGACACGACUAAUGCAAACAAGCUCCCCACGCAUCAAAAGCCGGCUCUCAUGGCUUACAUGGAAUUGAACAGCCCGACCUGCUCGCUCGUGCGGGAGCUCUCCGCGGAAUCUUCUAGAAUCGCCGUGAUUUACGAUAGGCUUGUUUCUCCGGCGGUUAAGGACGCCGUCGCGAUUGAAAACGUCGAAUCGUACGCCUUCUCCUGCUUGUCGGCGCUGAAUUUGUUCUGCGUUUUGUGGGAGAACUUGGGGAGGCCGUUCGAUGUGGAAGGGGAGAUUAAUCGUUGGCCUUCUGUGAGAGAAUUUUUUCCGGUACCUGCUCUCAAAUUCAUCGCAACUACGCCUGCGCAUUUUGAUGAGAGAGAUGGAGAUAUAUAUAACACGAGUAGACUGAUUGAAGCUAAAUACAUCGAUCUUCUUCGGAGAGAGGAGAUCGGUGGCGGGAAGAAGCAGUUCACGAUCUGGCCGAUUUGGCCGCGGAAUUUACACGACGCGAAAUCACGACAUGAGUGUUUGGAAUGGCUGGAUCUGCAAUCCCCGAGAUCGGUGAUGUACGUGAGUUUCGGGAGCACUAUUUCAAUGACGAAAGAAGAGAUCGGAGAGCUGGCGGCGGGGCUGGAGCAGAGCGGGGAGAAGUUCAUUUGGGUGGUGAGGGAGGCGGAUAGGGCGGAUAUAUUCGCCGGAGAGGGCCGGGGGAUUGAGUUGCCGGUAGGGUUUGAGGAGAGGGUGAGAGAGAGGGGCAUUGUAGUGAGAGAUUGGGCGCCGCAGCUGGAGAUUCUCGCGCAUCGAUCGACCGGCGGGUUCAUGACACACUGCGGCUGGAAUUCGUGCUUUGAGAGCAUGAUUUAUGGGGUUCCGGUGGCGGCGUGGCCGAUGCAUUCCGAUCAGCCGUUGAAUGCGAUUUUAUUGACGGAAGUUUUGGGGAUUGGCGUGGUUGUGAGGGAGUGGCAGGCGAGAGAGGAGGUGGUGGGUGCUGCGGUGAUCGAGGAUGUGGUGGGGAGGCUGCUGUCGGCGGAGGAAGGAGCGGAGAUCAGGAAGAGGGCGGAGGAGGUGAGCGCCGCCGUCAGGAAAUCGAUGGAGGAAGGUGGUGAGUUAUGCAGAGAACUCGAUGGUUUUAUUGCCCAUAUUACUAGAGAUUGAUAGUUCUUUGUUCUUGUCUAAAAAUAUAUAAGGCUGCGAUAUUUAUCAUGAGAAGGAAGAACAAUAAAAAUUUAUGACU